AUGGAGAAGAUUGGGAAUGUUGAUAUUCGGGUAAAACGAUACCUAGAAGAUGCUGGAAGGGAUAAAUGGUCUAGGCUUUAUUCACCUGUUAACAGAGGAUGGACAAUGACUUCGAAUAUAGCCGAAUGUAUUAAUGGAAAACUGGUUGCUGCAAGAGAGUUACAUAUUUUUGAUUUCCUUGAAGAAGUGAGGAAGAUGUUUGGUAGAUGGAAUUGCACAAAUAGAAAAAAUGGUACCUACACAUUCACAACACUGAUGAGGCGGUAUCAAGAGAUGUUGUCGAUCAACGAGUACAAAUCAAUACGAAUGAGGGUUAAUGCUUGUUUAUUGGUUAAAUGGUUCUCGGGUUGA